UGAGGGGUUGGCGUGUAUUGAAUCUGAUUGUUUCUUGUUGUGUGGUUAACUAGAAGCCCCUACCUGUUUAUAUGCAUUUUAUUGCACUUAAAUAUCUUUAUUCCACCUAAAAUGAUGUACUUUCAUAAUAACUCUGCUUUGCAGACAUGCAGAAUUUAUCAAAAUGCGUGCCUAAGCACGAGGCACCAUGUGAAAUGAAAUGCCUCAGCAAGAACAAAGACAAUGCAACUCUCCAGUGGGCUUCAAGUCGAGCUGUGUUGUUCAGCAGCUGAAGCUGCAACCACCAAUGCAAUCCGAUGCAACUCAUCCAUCCAUCUGCACGUGCACACGAUCGUCACUUUUUGAGAUUUUCCUCACAUCUUCUUUAUAUACUCCCUUCCGUCCGUUUAUCAUUAAGAGAUCAAUUUAUUGCAAGAAAAUAGAAGUUGGAUGUUCUAAAGAAUCGAUGCAUUGGGGAAACUGAGACCCAUGGCAAAGUGGUUUAGAGAUCACCUGAGUUUUGGCACCAGGAAAGGCCCGCCACAGCCACCGAAACCGGACUACACCGAAAGCGAGAUCCUACGGGCCUACAGGGCUCAGAAAGAGCUGGACUUUGAGGACCCCUACGAGCCUUCAGAGAACCGGUUGGUGAACGGCUCAGGGUCUUUGGAAGUCUUUCCCGCUUUUGGCACGGUGCUUUCCAACGGCGUGGAGGUGAAGAUUGUGUCUCCCAAACACAGGCUGAUAAAGGUGGAAUCUCAGGAAUUCGGGCGUAGCAAAAUACCGCUGAACAUUGUGACAUUUGAGGAACCGCAGGCCCCUGUGGUUCCCUCAGCUCCUGUGGUCGGGGAGACCGAUUACUCAGACCCGUUUGACGCCCGACCAGACCCGCGACCCAGGCCCGGCUGGGAGCAGAACGCUGUAGAAGCCUGCAGCAGUUACAUGGAGCCGUUUGAGGCCCAGCGAUUCAUAAGUGAGCUCCAGCACAGCACAGAUCGGGGGAGGAGCAGCCCGCAGCUCUACGACAGUCCGUAUGAAGAGAGGGUUCGGUCCCGGACGGCCCCUGCGGAGGACGAGAGAGAGAGCCGUCUGCCCCAGGAUGACGAGAGGCCCGCAGAUGAGUACGACCAGCCCUGGGAGUGGAAGAAAGAGAACAUCUCGAAAGCCUUCGCUGUGACGUUUGAAGCGGGAGACUGGGAUCAGUGUACGCUGCCCCGUGACGAGCCGCUGAGGAAGGCAGGAGCGUCCAGAAUCAGCCCUCCAUCCAGCGGAGCAACCAGCCUGCGCAAGCCCAGCAACCCCCACAGCAUCCUGGGUGAGAGGGUGGACCCCACGCUGCCCCUGGAGAAACAGGUGUGGUACCAUGGUGCACUGACACGCUCAGAAGCUGAAUCUCUGCUCACGCUCUGUAAGGAGUGCAGUUACCUGGUGAGGAAAAGCCAGACCAUCCGAAACGACUAUUCGCUGUCUCUCAGGAGCUGUCACGGGUUCAUGCACAUGAAGUUCACGCAGUCUCGUGAUGGGAAGUUCAUCCUGGGAGAGAACAGUCCUCCGUUCGACUCCAUCCCCGAAGUCAUUCAUUACUACACCACAAACAAACUGCCCAUCCGCGGAGCCGAACACCUGUCUCUGCUCUUCCCGGUGCUGGUGCAGACGCUCUGAGGCCACACACACUUAACACGCGCUCACACACGCUCAGGGCUUAACUCGGACGGCUACUUUAGCGCUUCGUUUUCAGUCGCAUACUGAAGGCUCGAGCAGAUCUUUGCGAGUUUGAUUUGUGUUUGGAGUGCGCGUUUGAUUGAUCGAGCGUGAUCGAAUCCAACCCUGGUGUGAAUGAAAACACGGUGCGCUUGUAAUGACACUGUAUUGAUGUGUGAAGAAUAUUCUCACUGGACUCUAAUGUGUCUUUGCAUCACUGUGGGAACUGCAAUAUUAUUCUUUUUCUGCUCCAAACUCUUCAAAUGAUAGAUUUAAGAUUUGAGGAUAAAAUGUAAACCGACCAAAGUAUUUAUAAAGAUUUGCAAUACUAAAAAAAGAAAUGAUGUACAGUACAAAUCUCAUCCUCUGUAGAUUUUCUUGUUUUCAGAAGUUAAAUAAUUCACCCAAAAUGAGAAUUCUGUCAUCAUUUAUUUAUCCUCAUGUCGUUCCAAACCUGUAUUGAAUGCUGUUUAAGCUGCUCUUUUCCGUGCAACAAAAUUAAAUGUUGACCAUGGCUAAGCUCUACAUCAUAAAUGUAGUCAAUAUGACUUGUGCACAAUAUUUCAAGUCUUUUAAAGCCAUAAAAAUGCUUUGUGUGAGGAAAAUAUUACAUUUUUAGUUGUUAUUCAUAAAUGUUUUGUCACAACUCUCAAUUGUUUCUCUGCAUAUUUAAAGGAUUAGUUCAAAUUUCCUGAUAAUUUACUCACCCCCAUGUCAUCCAAGAUGUUAAUGUCUUUCUUUCUUCAGUCGAAUAGAUGUCUUCGUUCGCUUUGUAAACACUUGCUCGGUAUUUCCGCCUGCAUCACGCAAACAUCCUGUUUUCCUUAAUUUCUUUUCAAUUGAAGAAAGAAAGACAUCAACAUCUUGGAUGACGUGGGGGUGAGUAAAUUAUCAGGAAAUUUGAAUUCUGAAGUAAACUAAUCCUUUAAACUAGGGCAGAGGAAAUACAAAUGGCAACUUCUAUUUUGAACUGUGCAUGUCAAUUUUGACUUUUUAUCAAAAGUCAUAAUUAUGAGAAGUUUAAAGUGUGACAAAAAUUUGAAAUGUUGACAUGAGGGUGAGUGAAUAAUGACUGACUGACUAUAGCUGAAAAUGAGUGCUUCUCUUUAGGAACAGGAACAGGAAACUUUCUUUAACUUGCUUUUGUCAGUAACUAGAAGCGAUGAAUCUUGGUUUAAUGGUAAGGAAGUGAGGGUACGACACUGGAAUGUUCUGAAUGUGACUUUCACUUGUCCGGAUGGCCAUCUGCACAGAGAUUUGUUCAGCUCCCAGAAUCCCAGGCGGCAGAGGAUGAUGAAAACAGGAAGUGAUGUCCUCAGACCAUCUAAUGCUGCGCUUCUAUUCGCUUCAGUGCUCCGGGUUUGUAGUACGACAGGAAGCGGUCUUUGCUGUGGCAUUUCACUUCACGUAAGGCUGCUGUCACAACGCUACCCAUCAUGAUACCGUUCAGUGCCGUCAGGUCGUUUCAGACUUCUUAGCAAUAUUUAAAGCUUCAUGAGAUAGCUUACAUGAACUUUGACCAUGCCCCCAAAAUCAUAAGCCACAACUGUAUUCUUUUUGCAGAUGAAAUCUCUCAUUUUCCUCUGAAGAAACACAAUAUCCUGCUCUAUAGUGAAUUUUAUGAUAAAAAGCUUUCAUAUUUUGAUGUGGUUUGGUUUGGAUUGGUUUACUUGCAUGUGACACACACUACUUCAUUUAGACUUCUACACGGGGUUUCUAUUGCUGUAGAGAUCCACACUGUAACUAUUGUUUUAUGAUGACUGUAAUUUAGUGAGGUUUUUUUUUUUUUUUUUUUUCUAUUUGCUGUUUUCCAGCUUUUCAUUUCUUUGGAAUAAAAUAG